CGUGCUGGGAGUGGGAGGGACGAUGAAUGCCAGUAGGGAGAGUGUCCGCGGCCGGUGCGUGUGGUGCUCCCAUUGCUCCGUGUGAGAGGGGAAACCUGUCAGCCAUAAGGGGAGGAAGGAGCGAACGGUUAUUGGGCUUUUGGACCUUAAAAUGGAGACAGUUGUUUGGGAGUACGGUUAAAAGAACGGGCAACAGAGCUUACAUUCCAUCCUUGGAUACCAUAUAGCAACAAGAUGAAGUCCGUUGUAGCGAAGAGGAAGACAGAAGAAAUAUGUUUAUUCCUAAUGUCUGUUCUCCUGCACGGGGGUUACUGAAAUUUCCGUAGUCAAUGAAACUUGGAAACCUUCGGACGUAGGACAUUGGCACUUAAAGGGCACAUGUGGCUUUGCAUUCUCCCAUCAUGGCUGCCUACGUGAUUUCCUGUCUUUGGUUAUCGGUGGUACUUGCCCAGAAAAGCAUGGGGCACAGUCUGUUUGCCUGUGAGCCAAUCACACUAAGGAUGUGUCAGGACCUUCCUUAUAAUUCCACCUUCAUGCCGAACCUUCUGAAUCAUUACGACCAACAAACUGCGGCUCUGGCAAUGGAGCCUUUUCACCCCAUGGUAAACCUGGAAUGUUCCCGGGAUUUCCGCCCAUUCCUGUGCGCUCUUUAUGCGCCGGUGUGCAUGGAAUACGGACGCGUGACGCUGCCCUGCCGCAAGUUAUGCCAGAGAGCCUAUAAUGAGUGCUUCAAACUCAUGGAGAUGUUUGGUGUGCCGUGGCCAGAAGAGAUGGAAUGUAGCCGGUUUCCAGACUGCGAUGAGCCAUACCCCCGAAUGGUGGAUAUCAGCUUGUCCGGAGAUGUGACCGAAGAAACCCCUUUGGCAGUUCAAAGAGACUAUGGCUUCUGGUGCCCCAGGGAACUCAAAAUUGACCCUGAUUUAGGCUAUUCCUUCCUGGGAGUACGAGACUGCUCUCCACCCUGUCCGCACAUGUACUUCCGCAGGGAAGAACUCUCCUUUGCCAGAUACUUCAUCGGCGUUAUUUCCAUAGUUUGCCUCUCAGCCACCUUAUUUACUUUCCUAACAUUUCUUAUCGAUGUCACAAGAUUCCGUUACCCAGAGCGGCCCAUUAUAUUUUAUGCUGUCUGUUACAUGAUGGUGUCCUUGAUUUUCUUCAUUGGGUUUUUACUGGAGGACAAAGUGGCGUGCAAUGGUGCAAACCCGAGCCAGUACAAGGCUGCCACGGUAACCCAGGGGUCCCAUAACAAAGCCUGUACGAUGCUCUUUAUGGUGCUGUAUUUCUUUACCAUGGCUGGCAGCGUGUGGUGGGUUAUUCUCACCAUUACUUGGUUCCUGGCAGCAGUUCCAAAAUGGGGGAGCGAAGCCAUUGAGAAGAAAGCACUACUGUUCCAUGCUAGUGCGUGGGGCAUUCCUGGGACCCUAACGAUCAUCUUGCUCGCUAUGAACAAAAUUGAAGGCGACAACAUAAGCGGCGUAUGCUUUGUUGGCCUCUAUGAUGUCCAAGCCCUGAGGUACUUCGUCCUUGCCCCCCUCUGCCUGGAUGUUGUUGUCGGCGUUUCCCUUUUGCUCGCCGGGAUUAUUUCCUUGAACCGAGUCCGGAUCGAAAUCCCCUUGGAGAAGGAAAACCAAGACAAACUAGUGAAAUUCAUGAUCCGCAUUGGAGUAUUUAGCAUUCUUUAUCUUGUGCCACUCCUGGUGGUGAUUGGCUGCUAUUUCUAUGAGCAAGCCUACCGAGGGGUGUGGGAGACAACUUGGGUGCAAGAACGUUGCAAAGAAUAUCACAUUCCGUGUCCGUAUAAGGUGACACAAACAAGCCGACCGGACCUGAUCCUCUUCCUGAUGAAAUACCUCAUGGCGCUGGUGGUGGGGAUCCCGUCUGUGUUCUGGGUCGGGAGCAAGAAGACCUGUUUCGAAUGGGCCAGCUUCUUCCACGGCCGCAAGAAAAAAGCCGGCGUGAACGAGAGUCGCCAAGUGCUCCAAGAGCCUGAUUUCGCCCAGUCGCUCCUCCGGGAUCCCAAUACCCCCAUCGUCAGGAAAUCUCGAGGGACGUCCACUCAGGGAACCUCUACCCACGCUUCCUCCACUCAGCUGGCCAUGUUAGACGACCAGAGGAGCAAGGCGGGCAGCGUCCACAGUAAAGUGAGCAGCUAUCAUGGCAGCCUGCACCGCUCGCGGGACGGACGGUACACCCCGUGUAGCUACAGAGGGAUGGAGGAGCGCCUCCCCCACGGCAGCCUGUCCCACCUUACUGACCACUCGCGGCACAGCAGCACUCACAGACUCAACGAGCAGUCUCGCCAGGGCAGCAUUAGAGACCUGAGCAAUCCCCUGGCUCACAUUUCCCACGGAACCAGCAUGAAUCGGGUCAUCGAGGAGGACGGAGCCAGCGCCUGAUGGGACGGAGUGUAGAGCUUUAGAAGAGCCGAUACUUAAUGUUGGGCUUAUCUGGUUGGACGGUUCCAGCCCUUGAUGACUGGGAUCCCAGAAUAUGAACAUUCUACUGAGUUUAUAACCCAGCACCCUAUUCUCAUGGGUGGGGUGAAACGACCCAGCACCCUAUUCUCAUGGCCAGGAAUACGGUUGGGUGAAACGACCCAGCACCCUAUUCUCAUGGCCCAGGAAUACGGUUGGGUGAAACGACCCAGCACCCUAUUCUCAUGGCCAGGAAUACGGCUGGGUGAAACGACCCAGCACCCUAUUCUCAUGGCCCAGGAAUACGGUUGGGUGAAACGACCCAGCACCCUAUUCUCAUGGCCCAGGAAUACGGUUGGGUGAAACGACCCAGCACCCUAUUCUCAUGGCCCAGGAAUACGGUUGGGUGAAACGACCCAGCACCCUAUUCUCAUGGCCCAGGAAUACGGUUGGGUGAAACGACCCAGCACCCUAUUCUCAUGGCCCAGGAAUACGGUUGGGUGAAACGACCCAGCACCCUAUUCUCAUGGCCCAGGAAUACGGUUGGGUGAAACGACCCAGCACCCUAUUCUCAUGGUCCAGGAAUACGGCUGGGUGAAACGACCCAGCACCCUAUUCUCAUGGCCCAGGAAUACGGCUGGGGGAAAGAGCAGGGCCAACAUACUGAAGCCCUCAGCCCCGGUUCCCACAAUGGAUUUAUUUAGUGCUUGGUCCCCAUUUCCCAUUUCUAAAUACACAGAGCAACUCUGUGAUCUACAGAAUCUACUUUCAUUCGCUCUCCAGAGCAGGUACGGCCAAUCGGCUUCCUCCCAGCUGCCGUCAAACUACAACUCCCAGCAUUCCUCGACUGGGGUUUAGUUCAAUAGCAGCAGAAGGAACAUAUUUUAGAAAUGCCCCCUGUGCAUAUAUACUGUACUCUCCACCCCGGAGGGGGCGGGGCAAGCCUAAAAGCCUCUCACAUUCAAUUAGCGUGAGUCUUGUAAGCUCUUAACUAGCAUUGAUCCUGCACUUUCCCCUCUCAUUCCCUGGAGCCAAGGAGGGAUAAAAGGCCAAUUUCUUCCUGAAGAACAAAUAAUCUCGGUUUAGAGGCUACGGAUGUCCCAGUGUGGCCUGUAAUAUGGAUCCGGGGACCAGCAGCAAAUACAGGGGCACCAAUAUUGUUCAUAGAAGCUUUUCUUCAUCUUUAGACCCCCCCAACCAUUCUAUUCCGUUGCCAUAGGAACUGGCAGCCCAAAGACUUUGCCCGGGAAUUGGUCAGAGGACCAGGUCUCUAGCAACACUGUAUUAUUAUAUGGACUGGAAUGUAACGUUUUCAAUAGCAGCGGCCGAUAAUUCCUAUGGAAUAGCCCUGCUUGGUAAAUAUGACCUGAUGAUGGUUCUGUACAGGAGUAAAUGUGUAGUAAAUAGUCUGACAGCA